ACCGACGAGUUUUAUGGGUACCUAGCGAACGAGCUGGAUUUCACUCAGUGCCGGGGUCUCGUGCUCGACUUGGUGGAUUUUGUCCAGAGCCAUGGUCCCUUUCACGGCGUAAUGGGGUUCUCUGAAGGGGGAAUUGUAGCAGCGAUGCUGCUGAUAGAGGACAGCAGACAUGUCUUUGCGGACUUCCAGUGUGGCAUCUUCUUCAGCUCGGCGUUGCCACUAGACAUGGAUGUGCUCCACACGACCGGGCUCCUCCAAUGCGUGGACCCAGCCAUGACAAUUGAUGGGUCUGGCCUGCUCAAAUUACCCACGGCUCAUAUUCUCGAGUCAAACAAUUGGAUCAAGGAUCCUGGCAAGUCGCUGCUCCAGCUGUGUGAUGAAAAGCUGCGCGAGGUCUAUCUUCAUGAAUUGGGCCAUCAAAUUCCCGACGCGACAUCUGGCGAUGUCUUGUUGAAGACUCUCCGGGCAAUUGAACGAACCAUUGAGCGAGCCAAACGUUAG